AUGUCUUCCUUGCAACGUCGCAGAGUGAACAAAAGCGAUACAACCGAGAGCGUCCCAACAACCAAUGAUAAUGAGCACGAUCAUAAAGUUGUGUAUGAUGAAGAAGAGGCAAAAAUUAGAGAAAACACUAGUGUUCCGAAGUUAACAUUAAUGGAAGAAGUUUUGUUGAUUGGAUUAAAGGACAAACAAGGUUAUCUAUCAUUCUGGAAUGACAAUAUUUCAUAUGCUCUACGUGGAUGUAUCUUAAUAGAAUUGGCUUUAAGGGGAAAAAUAAGAUGUGUGGAUGAUCCUGCUAGAAAAAGGUACGAUGUAAGUGAAAGACUUGUGGAAGUCAUUGAUAGUACGAAGACGGGUGAGGUUCUACUAGAUGAAAGUUUGAGUUUGAUGAAGAACGAUCCACCAACUUCUAUUGUAGGAUGGAUAGAUCUUUUGAGUGGAGAAACAUGGAACUUACUAAAAAUAAACUACCAAUUGAAACAAGUUAGAGAAAGAUUGGCCAAGGGGUUGGUUGACAAAGGUGUUUUGAGAACCGAAAUGAAAAACUUCUUUUUGUUUGAUAUGGCUACACAUCCAAUUACUGAUACAACUUGCAAGGAAUCUAUCAAGAGAAGAAUACUGUCAAUACUAGUGUCUAGAAAUGCCGAUUUAACCUACAACUCUUAUUUCCCUGAGAAUGUUGCAUUCAAAUAUAUCAGAACGUUAGCAUUGAUCUGCGGUGCAUAUGGUGCCAAUGUUCUAGAAAACGUCUUGGCAACUUUGGAUUACGAAGUAAGAGAUACGGGUUUCUCUCGUGCUGAUGAAAUCUUGGCUCAGUUCUCUGAAUUUCCUUUCCCCCUUGACAAACAAACUACUACUGGCGUGUCUGUUAACUUAAACAAAGAGGUUGCAGAAGAAUUAAAAAACCAUCCUGGAACAGAUCUACAACUAGAAGUCGUUGCUGGUGUUUUUGAAGUAUUCUCGAGAAUGGACACAUUAUUAUGA